UUCAAAAUGUCGCGACGCGCUCAUCUGUCAAAAGUGUUCGUUGAUUUGAUGUUUCAAAUCAAAUCAAACUAUCAAACAAACUGCUAUUUGUGUUGUGUGUAAAUACUAAAAAUGGAUGAUCAACACGUAAACGAAUCAAUGAACAAAUCAGAUGUAAUGUUUGAUAAUCUUGUAAUUCUAAAGGAAUUCAGUAAUAUUGUAAAUCAUGUGAGCGAUGAGGAGUUUCUUGAAACAGUGCCCAAAGCAAAAAUGAAGCGAGUAAAAUGGGUGCCAAUGUUCAACUGUUUAAAACAAGGAAUUCUUGAUGAAAUGAUACAGGAAAUGAAUGCUAUGUGGGCCUCAGAAAACUUACCACAGAAGAUGGAAAUCUUACAGAAACAGAAAGCAAAAUAUAGUCACAUAGAUUCAAACACAAAAUUAUGGAGGCCUCAGCUGGGUGAUGUCAAAAGCCAAUUGAAAGCUCAUGAUGUUGCAAACUUACGGAAACAAAAGAAAAUGCUGGAGGGUCUAGCAAAAGAUUAUGAAGCCAGAGUCGGCAGACUAAAAAGGAUUCUUUCUGCCAAGCGAGGAUACAUCAAAGCAUUGAAAAUGGAUGUUGCCAAAUAUCAGAAGAAAAACGAAAGCACUGUUUCUAAAAUCAGUGAACGACUUGAGAGCCAUGAGCAGCGAAUUAAAAUAAUUAUGCCCACCAAGUCAGAUCUUGAGAUAAACUGGGCUGAUGUGGAACAUGACGAGGGAAUUGAAAAUGCAUGACCAUUUUAAUGGAAUAAAAUUUAUAUUUCAGAAAAUUGUACACACCUGAGAAAAAGUACAGUGAAUUUUAAUAAUAA